AAAAAGACGAGGAAAAAACUAAUAGACUUCCAGUUUGCUCCUAACAACGCGAACCGCCUCCUGCCGUUCAUUUCAAAGAGCCGGCUCGAUAGCGAUGUGACGCCAUACCGCUCUUACAGCCGAUUCGUUCGCGACUGACACAUCAAAAUAGGACAACAGUGAGCUGAAAACGCCAGAAUGUUGCAUCGGGUAGUCGUGUGAAAUCCAAAGAUAAUAAGGAGCGAGCAGGAAGUAUUUUGUUCUUGUUUUGUAGUAGGUUGCCACCGACAGAUGAUACGUAAGAUGUCUGCUCAACUCAACAAACUGAAGCACAGAAAGCGGAAGAGCAUCUCUGAGCCCAAACACUCCAAAAAGUGUCCUGUCACACGGAGAAAAUGCGUCAAAAGUCCAAAGGCCGCACCGAACAGCAAAGCGGCCGGCGACACAGAGAGACUGUCUCAAAUCAGCUGUGAGUGCCUCCAGUCUGUCGGCAGAGGGCGAUGCUCUGCGUCUCCUCUGUUGGACGGACAGGAGGGCAAAGAGAACGAGCUGAGGAUGAGCCCGUUUUUGGACACUUGUACAUGGUAUGGUAUCGGAGACAACAAGAAUGGUCCUGAUGACAUGGAUUGCGAAGAAUCGGACAAAAACAUGUUCCCAGAUGACGACAGCAACCAGAUUCUUCCUGUGGAGCAUUUUUUUGGAAAUCUGGAUGCUCUGCAGGAAUUUCCACAGAGAACAUCAGAGACUUCUCGUCAUCAGAGUAAGCACAGGCGACGCCAUUAUUACGCUGGGGAAGACAGCGAUGAGGAGCAACAGCAUCACGAGGCGGAGGCGGGCGUCAGCAGCACCCAGCAAGAGGCCAGAGGGGACACUUUGUGAUUUUAUUUGGCUUUCUGCAGUGAGGAACUUUUCAGCACUUAGCUUAAAAAAGAGGGGGGGGGGGUCAAGUCACCCAAUCACUUGUACCAAGGUAAUGUGAGCUUUCUUUCUGGUUUCGGUGCUCAUGCUAAGAGAUGAGGAUGCUUCCCACUUUUAACAUAGCGGUUAAAAGACAAUCACUUCAAAGACAAGCCAACAUUAUUGGGAUCUGUUGACCCAAUCAUCACUAGUGAUUAGAUUAUUUUCAUAUUUAUGAGAACAUCAUUUAUUGUCACCAUUUAUCAAAAGUAGUUACUUAUCGAUUGAUUUUCCACUCACUACAACAGGAGCAUAUAAAGAGAUCCAAUGCAAGACCUGGAUCAAAAAUCUGCCUCCACAAAGAUGAUGUUCAGUUUUGACCCGUCCAAAAAGGCACUGCUUUAAGAAUGUUUACAAUGGAGGUGUACUAAUAGAUAUAUAUCUCAUUGGCGGCACUUAUUGCACUAUACUUUGAAGGCCAAAUGUUUGUUUUUUAGUGUAGCCCAAAGAGUGCUUUUUUUCAGGUAACAACUCAGCAUCCGCUCCAGUUUGAACUAGGAUAUUAGAGGUUGUGUUUUCAGUCAAUUUAUGGAGCUAAACUAUUCACUAACUAACUGUAAAUAGUUCAACAUUCAGGUUUUAUGUUAACCUUCCUCUUGUGUUAGCUUUCUGGUAUCACCUCUUAUGUUAACGGGUUGGUUUUGACCCAUGUAUUAAAUCAGAUAUGAAAUACACUAAAAACAAUAAGUUACCAUCAAAUUUGCUUCUCAUCUCUUGUUUACCUUCAUAGGCUUCCUCAGCCAUGAAAAUAUUGGUUUUAAUACUUUUGGUGUGAGCAUUUUUUGUCACUAUACCCCUCGAUUUCAAUUUCCAAAAAUGAUAAAAUUAACUUCAAAAGAAUCAUAUUAAUAAAUUGAAGGUUCUUUUGUUACCUGGCUAUUACUGAGGGCUAUAGAACAGCUUCACCACCAGCAACCUCUUCAUCUGACUCGCAUCAUCUGUGUCUUCUGGAUCAUACUCCACGUUGUCCUCCUUGCUCAUUUCAAUGGCUAUGCUGGUCUGUCCUCUCCCUCAUUGUCACCAAAAAUUUGGUCCAGAUCUUGGUUCACUGUACUUCUUGCCAUUCUUUCCGUGAUUCAAAUAGUAAACGUGAAAUCAGCCAGUCAAAUGAGUGAAUUCACCUCACAUGUCUGGACAUUGAAAAACCGGUCAAAAUAAGAAUCCCCUGAAGCUGACAUGAUGAGAAGAGGAGCUGGUUAUCAUUGUGUUGGCUAAUUGUACACUUAUAAUUUCAGUUGUGGCUCAAAAUAUUGCUUUAUAGUCUUAUUAUUACCGGGCCGAAACCGACCCUAACAAUACAGUGGUCAUAAUUUCAACCAGACCAUUUUAAAAUUUAGUAAAAAUUGGGUUUUAUUUUGUUGAAGUAGAGUUUCCUGACAAAGUCAAAAAGCCUUAAUGCAAUAAACAAAUGUUAUGUGAUUUUUCUUAUGCAUUAAAAUGUAAAACGGGUCGGUGCCGACUCUAACACAAGAGGAGGGUUCAAAUAAUUUAGGUUAAUGAAAGCAGCCUUUUGACAUAGUUCAUCAUUUAUUCAUUUUCUACCGCUUAUAAUCACAAGGGUUGCGGGGGGUGCUGGAGCCUAUCCCAACUGCCUUUGGGCGAGAGGCGGGGCCAGCCAAUCACAGGGCACAUAUAGACAAACAACCAUUCACACUCACAUUCAUACCUAUGGACAAUUUGGAGUGGCCAAUUAACCUAGCAUGUUUUUGGAAUGUGGGAGGAAACCGGAGUACCCGGAGAAAACCCACAAACUCGAGUCACCUAGGUGUGAGGCCUGCGUGUUAACCACUCGUCCACCGUGCAGCCCAUAGUUCCUCAUGUUAACAUAAAAAACGUGCAAAACAGGUGCAAUUGGGAAGUAACUGCCCCUCACAGCCACCAUCCAUUCAUGUUGUUUAUUUGUUGAUGAAUACAUUUUAAAUCCAGUCUCCAAACGUAAUGAAAUGCAUAUGUUAAAAGAGUUUUGUCACUACUGAUCAACAGAAUGCAUUCAAUUUUUAGAUUUUAAUAUGGAUUGGAUGCCGCAGCACCUUUUCUUAUCGUGGAGAUUCACAUCGAGUUUACUCAGACAAAAUAGCAUUUCAUGUUUGAUUGACAUUUUGCCAUGAUUUGUACUUAGUGAUUGUUGAUUAUACUUGGGCAGCUUUUGCACUGUGUGUGUAUAAAUCUGUAUAUCUUUCAGUGCAGCUCAUUCUACUCAGAUGGUGUUUGCAAAUAUAUCCAUGCAUUUUUUUCUUUAAUAUAUAAAACAUAACUUGGUGUAUAGCCAUUGCACUAAAAUAUUGCUUGUAAUUUUUCUAGAGCAGAUUGAUCUGACCAUAUAGCUUUUAUAUACAUGUAUGCUGUGUUUGAAUCCAUGCCUUAUUCAUGAUGAAUGGUUUUCAUAUGUAUACUAUGCAAUUUUCAGAGGAGACUUAUUCUCGUGAAUUCAGCAUUCCAUUUCAGUGUAACCAUCGCUGUGCCAAGACUAAGAGCAAAUAAAUGUCUUUCAUGAUUUA